AUGCCCACGACUUGCUCCCAGCACGGCGUGCGCACGCCGCUGCGGCAGGGCCGGGCGCUGAGCUCGGCGCCGAGGACGCCCGCUGGGCAGCGCUCGGUGCGUCGCGGCGCGCUCCAGACCACGACCGCGGUCGACGCUAAGAUUGCGACCGCCUCCGCGGAGAGCCUGAAGGCCCUGAAGGCGGAGCGGGCGGCCAAGUACCAGCACCUGAGCGACUCGAAGCUCUCGAUCAUGGCCAUCGGGCUGACCGUGCACAACGCUCCCGUGGAGCUGCGCGAGCGCCUCGCAACUCCCGAGGCCGAGUGGCCGCGCGCCAUCGAGGAGCUCACCAGCUUCCCGCACAUCGAGGAGGCGGCCGUCCUGUCGACCUGCAACCGCAUGGAGGUCUAUGUGAUGGCGCACAGCUUCCACCGGGGCGCGCUGGAGGUGCAGCAGUGGAUGUCGAAGAUCUCCGGGGUCCCGCUCGACGAGCUCCGGCCGCACCUGUUCAUGCUGCGCGACCAGGACGCCACCUGGCACCUCCUGAACGUCGCGGGCGGCCUCGACUCGCUCGUCAUGGGCGAGGGACAGAUCCUCGCGCAGUGCAAGGCCGUCUACAAGGUCGGCCAGGAGGCCAAGGGCUUCGGCCGGCACCUCAACGGCCUCUUCAAGCAGGCCAUCACCGCCGGCAAGCGCGUGCGCUCGGAGACGAGCAUCUCGACGGGCGGCGUGUCGGUGUCGAGCGCCGCCGCGGAGCUGGCCAAGCUCAAGCUGCCGACGGGGGACUUCAACGACGCGCGGUGCUGCAUCAUCGGCGCGGGCAAGAUGUCGACGCUCCUCGUCAAGCACAUGACCUCGAAGGGCUGCAAGAAGUUCACGAUUCUGAACCGGUCGCUGCCGCGCGCCGAGGCCCUGCGCGACGACUUCCCGGAGGCGGAGUUCGAGAUCUGUCUGAUGGACCAGCUGAUGGAGGUGGUGGCGCGCUCGGACGUGGUGUUCGCGGCGAGCUCGUCGGAGACGCUGCUGCUGACGAAGGACGACGUCGCGCAGAUGCCGGCGUGCCCGGACGUCGUGGGCGGGACGCGGCGGUUCGUGGACAUCAGCGUGCCGCGGAACAUCGACCCGGAGAUCGGGACGGCGCUCGGGGACGCGGCGGCGGUGUACAACGUGGACGACCUGAAGGAGGUGGUAGCGGCGAACAAGGAGGAGAGGGCCAAGGCGGCGGCGGAGGCGCAGGUGUUGUUGCGCGAGGAGCAGGCGGCGUUCGAGGCGUGGCGGGACUCGCUGGAGACGGUGCCGACGAUCAAGGCGCUCCGGCAGUACGCGGAGACGCUGCGGAGCUCCGAGCUGGACAAGGCUGUCAACAAGCUGGGCGACGGGCUGACGAAGCGGCAGAUGAAGGCGGUGGAGGAGCUGAGCCGGGGGAUCGUGAACAAGCUGCUGCACGGGCCCAUGACGGCGCUGCGGUGCGACUCGAGCGACCCCGAGGCCGUCGCGCAGACGUUGCAGAGCAUGGAGGCGCUCGAGCGCAUGUUCUCGCUCGACAAGGAGCAGGCGUGA